ACUUGCCAAACAACCCCGAAUCUUGAUUUUGGAGAAGCAUGCAAUUGGGCCGGCGGUAAUUUUCAAGAAAGGCGUUAUUGCUUAGGUCAACCGGGCGUGGGUUAUAAGACCGUUGGGUUGGGCGGAAGGGGGUUACAACUUACAGGAGCUGGCCGUAUAACUGGAAACAAAUUCCAGCCUUCGAUUUGCAGAAUAGAGUUGCAGAGGAAAAUCAUAAAAGCUUAUGUAACCAAGCUUUUUUUUCAUUGCUGCUGUUGAGGGGAAGAUAGUUUUUUCUGAAAUGGAAAUCGCUUGUCAUCAAUCUUCAGAAAUGCAAGAGCCCAGCAUCGACACCGACAAACUCAGUUACGAAAUCUUUUCCAUCCUCGAGAGCAAGUUUCUCUUCGGCUACGAUGAUCAGAAGCUCUGGGUUCCCAAGCAAAUUUCUCCCGCGCUGGCGGUGGAGCAGAAGCCCGACCCUCUGUUGCCGGCGAUUCCCGCGGCCGACGGGGGAAACGGCGUCGCUGCAAUCAAGAACCAGCGCGGCAAAAUCUGCAUACUCUCAAUUGACGGUGGCGGGAUGAGAGGGAUUCUUGCCGGGAAGGCGCUGGCUUACCUGGAACAGGCGCUCAAGACGAAAUCGGGCGACCCAGACGCGAGAAUCGCCGAUUACUUCGACGUGGCGGCGGGAACGGGCGUCGGCGGCAUCUUCACUGCGAUGCUGUUCGGGUCCAGAGACCAGACCCGCCCGAUUAUGAAGGCGGAGGAGACGUGGCAGUUUCUCGCCGACAACGGGAAGCGGUUCUACAGGUCGUCGGGGAACGGCGCCGGCGGGUUUCUGAAGCGGGCUUUCAAGUCCGGGUCGUCCGGGUCGGGUUCGGCGACGGGCGGGUUGGAGAAAGCAAUGAAAGAGACGUUCACGGAGAAAGGACGGCAGUUGACUCUUAAAGACACAUUGAAGCCCGUUUUGAUCCCUUGCUACGACCUGUCCAGCACGGCGCCGUUUCUCUUCUCCAGGGCGGACGCUCUCGAGACCGACAGCUUCGAUUUCCGGCUGUGGGAGGUUUGCCGGGCGACGUCGGCCGACCCGGGGAUGUUCGAACCGGCUCAAUUAAGGUCAAUCGACGGUCGGACCAAGUGUUUGGCGAUCGACGGCGGGCUAGCGAUGAGCAAUCCGACCGCGGCGGCGAUCACGCACGUGCUACACAACAAACAAGAAUUCCCUUUCGUCCGCGGCGUGGAAGAUUUGCUAGUGCUAUCCCUUGGCACGGGCCAGCUGCCUGAAGUCAGCUACGAUUACGAACAGGUGAAAACGUGGAGGGCCAAGCACUGGGCUCGACCCAUGGCUCGAAUUGCCGGCGAUGUCUCCGCAGAUUCGGUGGACCAGUCGGUGGCCAUGGCUUUUGGUCAAUGUCGGAGCAGUAACUACUUGAGAAUUCAGGCAAAUGGGUCCUCCAGAGUAGGGAGGUGUGAAGGCAAUGUGGACACAGACCCUAGUCCUAAGAACGUGAAGAUGCUGUUGGGAAUGGCAGAGGAAAUGUUAAAGCAGAAAAAUGUGGAGUCAGUGCUGUUUGGGGGUAAAAGGAUAGGAGAAGAGAGUAACUUUGAGAAGCUGGACUGGUUUGCAGGUGAGCUCGUGCUGGAACACCAGAGGAGGAGCUGCAGAAUUGCUCCCACUGUUGCUUUCAAGCAAGUUACUACUCCACCCAGACCCACCACCCCCAGGAAGAAAAUUUAAUCAACCACCCCCAAAACAAACAAGGUAAAACGUAGCCUACAUAUAUUUCAAGAAAGGGAUAGCACUGAACAGAGAAGUGAAAACAACCCAUAUGAAGAUUGAAGGAAAACCCAAAAAGAAGAAAACAAACAACACAAUUAUAGGGGCCAGCUUUUGCUUUGUGGAAGGACAGGGGAGAGGGGAAAUAAAUAGGAAGAAAAGAGGCAAGAAGAGGAGUGGACUGCCCUGGGAGGAAGGGGGAAAAGGACAGGUGAAAAAAAAGAACACAGUAAAGGAAGAGGGCAUGAAUGGAUGAAAAGCUGGGGAAGAUCUUAGUGGGAUUACUUUGCCUGCUAGAGAACAGGCAUUGUGGUGUCCACUACUACCAUUCCAUUCCCCUCCUCCCUACUUUCUUCUCUAAAAUGGAGCUGCAACUACCAUGCAAAUGGAAAUGGGAAAGGGGGAAAUUCGACUGUGAUCAUGAUACAAGGGCUUUUCAGAUUGGAGGUCAAAAGAGACAUGAAGAAGUUGCAAGUGUGAAUCUCUUGAGUGUACAUUUUUCUAAAUUUUUUAUCCAGGGGAUGGUGGAGACAAAAGUACUGGUGCUAUAAUAUAUGUUCUCUGUGUCCUCUGUCUUCUUGUCUUUCUUCUUGUUAGCCUUGAAGGCCUUAUUUUAUGAAUCAUGGCAUCCCCAAAGUAUAUAAAUAUGUAUCAUGCUCUGUAUCACCACUGUAUGCGGGUAAAGACUGAGACAGAAAUGAGAGAAGACCUCUGUUAUUGGUGAAAAUGAAACGAGCGAAGACUUGUUGAUGGGUGUCGUACCUUUGGGUUUAUCUUCAACCGUGUCUCAUCAAUUGUUCUCACUUUUUGGUUUUGGGAUGGGAAUUGGAACUUAUGCCUGUUUUAUAGUGAGGCUGUGCAAAAACUUUGACUGUUACCAACAGUCUGCUAGUGCAGAUAGAGCCAUUAAUGAAGACUCCACACAGAUAGUUAAUUAUUCAGAAUGUUUUCUGAGCUCAUCUAUAGAUUCUUGCCAUACUAAACCAACAGAAAGAGUAUCUCUGGCUGCAA